AUGUCCUGCCCUACGUUCGCUCCUGAAGUCUGCGACCUCUUCAUCGACUCUCUUGCUCAAUACCCCGUAGACAAGUCACAACGCGAAGCUCUUCGAACAUGCAGCUUGGUUUCUCGGGAUUUUGCCCAUCCUGCUCGCCAACACAUCUUUCGAUACGUCUACGCUGGGCGUGAAGGCCGGAGUGGCAAAUCCGGGGUCAAGAUGCUCCGGACGCUCCAUAAAUUGGUCACUUGGAUGCCAGAGGGCAAGGGUGGAAUCUCCAACAUCGCGCGUUACGUCAAGAAAGUCGAUUGUGGUUACGAUCAGCGGCCUCGGGACCGAGAAGGCAUCGAACGAUGGGAGGAGCAAGUCUCUCUUAUUCUCCAAGCUCUUCAAGGCACAGAUCAUGUCAUUUCGACAUUAGACGUCCUAUUUCACGAAUCUUGGACGAAUGUGGGACCGAUAUUCAAGCGUGCGCUUCGCGACCUUUUGAUUUCGCCCUACCUAGAAAAUCUCAUUUUGAGGCUUCUCUGGGACAUCCCAAGGAGUCUUUUCUUGGGUAGCCACUUGCGACACAUCUCCCUUGACUUCUGCUCUGUCGACCCGAGGAUUUGUGGACCUAGCCUGGAUGCCUUUUACCCUCAACUGGAAUCACUCGAAGUCGAUGGGUCUUACGAGCUUCUUCUGGAAGGCAAAAUUGUUGAAAAUCGCCGCCUCAUGUCGCAAUCAGCUCUAUCCUCGCUGCGCAAGCUUCGCUAUAACAUUGGCGAUGAAGGCGAAGCGUUCACGGUAUUGUCACGUGUCCAGAGCACCCUCGAAUUCCUGGAGAUAAGGUUUGAAGAUGGUGUGGGAUUCCUUGAACCGUCUUUCCUGAACCUCGCACACAUGGAAAAACUGACUCGCCUUCGCAUAUGCGACGAAUCCCCCAGGAAGUUCCCCUCAUUUUCCUCAAUUCAGAACACCGGCCUGCUGGAAGGCAAUUUGCUUGACUGUAUUCAGGUCCCGAAUACUUUGCGGACCUUUGAGCUUGAUUUCGAAAUGCAUGCAGAGACUCCUACCACAGACGCUCUGGUCGACGACAUCCAAGCUCCUCCAUCCGAGACCAACCAGUGGUCACGACUUAAUCAGUUCUUCUCCUCGCCCAAGUUCGCAAAGGUCGAGAAGGUUGGUAUAGCGAUCCGUCUCACCGUCAACAUGGACCCGCAAGACAGAGCAAAGGUUUUCGUUGAGGUCGAAUCUUUGAUCAAAACUGCCCUCCCCUACUUCUCUACUCCUAAUGUCGCCUGCGCGUUGUCCGUGGUCGUCGGAUCUUGGUAUGAUUGA